AUGGCUAAACAUCCACCUUUAAAGAUCAAAACACAGCAUCGGAAUCCCGAAGAAGUGAAAGCACUCUUUUCCGAGAAUAUUAAAUACAUUGAAUCAUUUCUAGAUAAAUUUAACAUUUCACCACAAGAAUCUGAUUCAAUAGUAGAUAAUUUAUUUGAAAAAAACCUUUCAUUGCCUCUCUUUGUUUCAAUUUAUGAUGAUACCAAUAGCAAGAUGAAAUUUAGUAAUAUAUUGACCUUUUUGAAAUAUUUAUUAACUGUUGGAUCUUCUGCAAAAGUUACAGGAGAGGAUAUUACCGAAUUGAUUGUAAAAGUUUCACCUUGCAUUGAGUUUAUUCAAUAUGGACUAGAUAAUGAUAUUGGAAAUAGUUUUGAUAAAUUAUUGAGUGGAAAUGAACGAAUUGAUUUUUCAUCCGAUAAAAUUGUUGAGGAAUGGCUCGUAUCAACUUACCAUAUCUACUUUUGCAUGAUUAAACAAUUCAUAGCUACAGGUAAACUUUCUUUGAAAAUAAUUCAAUAUUUUAGGAAAGCACUUCUUCAUUUACUAGUUAUUUUGAGACAUAUUGGUAAUAGAAAAAGAAUGGCAAUAAUGAAUGGAGACACUGAUUUCAACCUUUCAUUCUCAGAAAAGUCAUUUAUGGUUUUAUGUUCUAAUUUACUCAAAAAGGGAUUUAAACAUGGUUUUUUGCAAUCCAAUUAUGCUCAUCAAAGAGUUUUCUUGGAGGGUAUCUACUAUUGUUUUGAUAAUAGGAUGAAUUAUGCCAAGUUUCUACACACCUUGUUAGUGUCUACAGAAAAGAGAGGAUUUAGAACGAUGCGUUCCUUAAUAAGAAAUGAUAUUCAAGAUAUUGGAGAAUUGACUGGAAAUGAUAUUAUUCCACAUGGAAUAAGUAAGGGUGACACUGCCACAAAUGUUGCUACUAGAGCGGUCAAAUUUCUAUGUUCUCUGUAUGGUAAAAUGAAGGAUAUAAAUAUGACACUACUUCCAGUUCUCCUUGAAUUCCUACCUUUCGUGUUGAAAGUUUUGAAUUGGACCUUUAUCCCAGCAUUUUUAAAAGAAGUUGCAACACAAGUUUGUGCAGUACUCGUAGGAACAUUUGAACAUGCAGCAACACCAACAGUGGAGAAUGAACAUUAUCUCAACAUUAUCAGAGACGCCCUUCCAUUCCUAUUUAACUAUGUUUCAACAAAGAUUCAAGACCUUUCUAGUGGAACGCAAGUACUGUGCUAUAAUAUGAUUAUUUGGAUUGCUAAAACACGAACUUCUUUCACUAUCGAACAAUUGACUCCACUGCUAGAGAUUUAUGAACCUAAAUUAAUAAGUAAGAAAGAGUACUUGGAAAUGAUCAAAUCUGUAUGGGUUCGUACCGUUGGUAGAGAACAUGUUCUAAAUCCAUUUUUUAUGAAACGAUUGUCAGAAAUGUCAGAAAUUGAAAUUCUACAUGAGGAAGCCUUGCCAAGAGUGAAAAUGAUUAUGCAUCUUUUGAAUAUAUUUUCACAAUCUAUUAAUAAUUACAUUGAUUUAAAAGUAGUGGCCGCUUUAACCAUUAAGAAAAUUGAGGAAUUUCUGAACAAGACUGAAAGCACUACUUUACAGGACUUUGAUAUGAGCAAUACCUUCUGUAAAAUUUUAAUCCAUUGUAUUGAUAACAUUACAGAUGUGGAGAAUAUCUUUCCAAUUCUACACGACCUCAUUAAGGUAGCCAUCAGUACUGAGCAUAUUCAUCGAACUAUCAGUUCUUCUGAUAUUUCUGAUUUGAAUGAUUUUAUCUUUAGACUUUUCAAAUAUGAAGAGGGAUACUUUUUAGAUUUGGUUCGUUUAUUGCAUGACAGAGGUUUAUUGGAAAAGUGUUGCAAGGGAGAGGAAUCAGGUGAACUCAUUAAUAACCUUAUACUGCCCUAUGUACUUGAACAAUCAAAAGGUGGUGAGAGUCGUGUUCCAAGUCAAGCUACUUGGGUACUCAUCAGUUUAGUUGUCUCUGAUAUGGUAUCUUCAAGAAAACUAGUCGAAAGGAUCAAGCAUCACAUUAUAGAGAGCUGUUCCUUCCUUCGUGAUGGCCCUACAAAGUUUGACUUUUUACAGAGACCUUACUACAAGGCCUUACUGAGUCUUGCCACUUUAAUCUUUGCAUACUAUCCAGAGGAGAUGAUUGACUAUCUACUUCCAAAUAGUCAGGUUCUAUUUUCCUCUGCACUUACAUCACCUGACACUAGCAAUUAUUUCCCACUAUUGUACAAUUUUACAUUGAGUGCUGCAGAGUAUUUUUUGGAUAAUGAUUUACUUUCUAAAAGUCCUGAGAUGUUACUUUCACUUCAAGUGCUCUUUACAUUUGUUCAUUACAUGCCACUGAAUGUAUCCAAUAUUAUUCUAGUACGUCGAGUUGUGAAUAAGUUUGAUUUGAGUGUUAGGGAAUUUUCUUCAUAG